ACUUCCGGGUGGAGGUCGGGCAUGGCGGUGCCCCUGGAGCUGUUCUGCUGGAAGGGAGACUGGGGGCUGCCGUCGGUCGACAUCGAGAGCCUGACGGUGCUGGCUUAUGCCCGAUUUUCCGGAGCUCCCGUGAGAGUACACAAGCUGAGCAACCCCUGGAGGAGUCCCUUAGGGGUUUUACCGGCCUUAAAGACCGAGAAUGAUGUGCUGUCCCAGCCUCUACAGAUCCUUGCGUACCUCAGGAAACAGAAGUAUAAUGCAGACUAUGGGCUGUCAGCAACGCAAGGUGCCGACACGAUGGCUUUUAGCUCCCUUAUCGAGGAGAAGUUACUUCCAGCACUGAUCUACACAUUUUGGGUGGAUUCGAAGAACUACGUGUCGUUCACGCGGCCCUGGUACGGAGAGGCCAUCCCGUUCCCACUCAACUUCUUCCUCCCGAACCGUAUGCACACCCGCAGUCUGGAGCGUCUCCGUCUCAUCAGGGGCGGCUCCUGGCCAGAGAGCGAGGAGCCCGAGGCUGAGGCCGAGAUCUUCAAGGAUGCCCGUGAGUGUCUGACGCUCCUGUCCCAACGACUGGGCUCCAACAAGUUCUUCUUCGGCGAUUCCCCCAGCUCCCUGGACGCAAUAGUGUUUGGCCACUUGGCACCCCUACUGAAGGCAAAACUCCCCAACGGCAAGCUACAACAGCACCUACGCUCACUGGACAACCUCUGUUCCCUCUGCACCUCCAUUCUUGGCCUCUACUUCCCCGAUGACGGCUCAGACCCGAGGAACAGCUCGCGGAGGACGUCCCGGAAUAGCCCGGCAGACUCCGAGGAAGACCCCCACAAGAGGCGCAACCAGAUCCUGUCGGUGCUGGUGGGGCUGUCGGCCAUGCUGGGGUACGCCUUCCUCAGUGGGAUCCUGUCCAUCCAGCGGGUGGCCCCCCACAACGCGCUCAGGCAGCAGUCUCCCCUGGAGGACGACGAGGAGGGGGAGUGAGGCUGGGACGGGGAGGUGUCGGCGGUGGGGAGAAGGAUACCGCUGUCACUGUCUACUGUCCUGGGCAGAUGCCAGUGGUCCGGCUCAAACUGACUGUCCGUAUACUUACAGGAUACAAUAUUAUCUGGAGGUUCAAUCAUUUGGUAAGCUCAGGGUCUUAAAUUCUUCUACCACAGUUCAUAGAACACACAAUAGGACAGGAGCUUCGGUCCACAAUGUUGUACCGACUUCAUAACCACCUCCUCCAUCAAUCUCACCCUUCCCGCCCACAUGGGCCACCAUUGUUCCAUCUUCCAUGUGCUUAAGUCUCCUAAAUGCCCCUAUUGUAUCUGCCUCUACCAGUGAGUUCCUUUGUUAUUGCGUUCCAUGUACCCACCUCUCUGUGUAAAGAAAAACCUACCCCUGACAUCGCCCCCGCCCCCGCCCCCCAUAAAACGUUCAGACUGCCAUCACUUGGCAAAGUCACGAGGACUGGCACAGGCCUUUAAUUCUACACCUUCAAUGAACUGACUUGAGUUCAGAGCCGAGAGUUCAAAUCCUGCUGUAUGCAGCCGUCGUACCGGUGUAGUACAGUAUCCUGGCUGGGUGAGGGUGACGGCGACGGCGCUGUUCAACCCUGCGGCCCCCCAGUGGGGGCACUUGCUGCAGGGUGAGCUUAAUCGGGUUGCUGAGGGAGAGGUAUUCCAGCGUCGCACAAGGACCUCCUCCCCGGGCCGGAGUCCUGCCGCCGGCCGGCACAGCACGACCGUUUACCCGUGGGUGAGGAGGGAGUCGGCGGGCAGUGGACGCACAGGGACGUUGGAGAGUGUGGACAAUGUAUUUGGAGUGGUGGGAAUUAAAACACCUACUGUUUGCUGAGCCGGCGUUGAUUCUGUCGCGUUGUGUUUCUCCUAAACAAAGAUGACUGUGUUUGUCACGGUAUGCAUUGAAGCGCACGGUGAACUCCGGCCCUCGCUCCAAUUCAAAUCAAAUCAGCGGAUUGUUCCGGGCAGUCGGGCUUGCGCCGCCAGUGUCACCGACCCGGACUCGUGUGCCUUUGGAAAGUGGUGGGGAACCGCAGGAGGCCCACGCAGCCGCGGGGGGAGCGUAUACCUCCUUCCGGAAAAUGACCCGUGUCGCUGGCGCUGUCGAGUGGUGUUACACUGUUGUAGCAGCUGGGACCGUGCGGGCUCCAGACCGGGGUAACCCGACACAAAUCGCAGCUCCGUGUCCCGCUGACCCGCCAUCGGAGCUCGGAACCGCACGGCACGAAUGGCCCACCCGUCAGU